CAUUCCCAUGCAAACCUUGGUGCCUUUUACCUUAGAUGUUUGUCAAAGGUUGUGUUUGCUCAGAGAGGGAAGGAAAGCUGGCCCUAUCUCACCCUCUUACAACAUUCAUAGAGACAGGACGACGGACGGACUCCGGGUAGUAAAUGUCUAGCAGGGCUGGAUCGCGGAUGUCCUGCAUUCUAGCCAUGGAGGCCCCCAAAAUUUGCAAGGAAGGAUCUUGCAAUAAACGGGAUUUUUCUCCCGCUUCUGAAAAGACCGUCGUGUGCAAAACAAAAUCGGAAUCCCAGGCCAAUUUCUUCUUAUUUCAGGAUGCCAUUCGGACUUUGAAUACUCUCCAGACCAACGCCAGCUACCUGGAACAGGUGAAGCGAGAACGGGGAGACCCCCAGCUCCAAUUGCAAGCGAUGGCUGGGUUCUUGGAACGGACCGGCUUGAAGGUUGAAGACCUGGAUCAACUCAACAUCAUUCAUGUUACUGGGACAAAGGGCAAGGGUUCGUCAUGCGCCUUCACGGAACGGAUUCUGCGCAACUACAAUUUAAAGACCGGUUUUUACAGUUCACCCCAUCUGGUUCAAGUCCGCGAGAGAAUUCGGAUUAAUGGUCAGCCCAUCAGCCAAGAGCUUUUUAGCAAAUAUUUCUGGCAGGUGUAUAACCGGUUGGAGGAGACCAAGGACUCCCAUCAUGCUUCCAUGCCUGCCUAUUUUCGGUUCCUUACAAUCAUGGCUUUCCACGUCUUCCUGCAGGAGAAGGUUGACUUGGCGGUUAUAGAAGUUGGCAUCGGGGGCGCCUACGAUUGUACAAACAUUGUCAGGAAGCCAAUAGUAUGUGGGGUCUCCUCUUUGGGCAUUGACCACACCAGCAUCUUGGGAGAUACCAUCGAGAAGAUAGCUUGGCAGAAAGGCGGCAUCUUCAAGCCUGGUGUGCCAGCAUUCACUGUGCCACAGCCGGAGAGACCGUUAGAAGUCCUGAAACAGAGGGCUGAAGAAUGCCAGUGCCCGCUUUUUCUCUGCCCUGACCUGGAUGACUUCGAAGACGACGACAAGCUCCUUCAGCUAGGUUUAGCCGGUGACCAUCAACGUUCCAACGCUGCUUUAGCCCUCCAGCUGUCCCACAUGUGGCUGGGCCGUUGUGGGUAUCUAGAUACCGGCGAGCUGAAGGACUCGUGGCGAACUUCUGAAGCUCCAUCGAAGAGGGUUCCAAGCUUGGCUCCUGCUUUUAAGCCGGACCAGCCCAUGGUACAAGGCUUGCAAGCGGCCGUGUGGCUCGGACGUAACCAGGUGCUACACCACGGGCCGGUGACGUGGUACAUCGACGGGGCCCACACCACCAGCAGUAUGCAGGCGUGCAUCCGCUGGUUUCGCCAAGCGGCCCUGAACGAAGACAAACCUACAGACGGUUCCGAAGUUCGAGUGCUGCUCUUCAACGUGACGGGAGACCGGGAUACGGCGGCUUUGCUGAAACUUUUGCUGCCCUGCCAUUUUGAUUACGCCGUGUUCUGCCCCAACUACACAGAGGUGUCGACGGCGGGCAACGCAGAUCAGCAGAAUUUCAACGUCACCUUGGAGAACGUCCUGACGCGCUGCCUGCAGAAUCAGAACCACUGGAACCGGCUGAUGGAGGCCAAGUUGACGCAGGACCCUUGGUUCCCCGUCUUGCCCGAGGUGGGGGGCUGGCUGAAGCAGCCCCUGCAUCACAGCCCCCCGAUCUUCGCCGCCUCCUCCACCCGCCCGCUCAAUUCCAACUCCUUGGUUUUCCCUUGCAUCUCGCACGCUUUGCAAUGGAUCACCCAAGGCCGGGACCCAAACUUGCCGGCGCUGGUGCCCCAGGGACUCCACCCGCACCCCGUGGCCAGCAGCGGGGCUGUUCUGCUCAAGGAAGCGGUGGCCAUCCGUGUCCUCGUGACGGGCAGUCUGCAUCUGGUCGGGGGCGUCUUGAAGCUGCUGGAUCCCAACCUUUCUCAGUAGGCCCGUGGGACGCCGCCUUCUGCCAACGUGGAUAGGGCAGCAGAGGCCUUGAUGUCUCGCUCCUAUCCGUGGUGUGGCACCACAGGGCACGUCCAGCCACGCCAUUCCUGGGAGAUCCGGGUUGAAUCCUAGACCGAAGCGAAUCGAACUCCAGACAGCUGUGGUUGGUGGCAUCUUGCCUGAUAGUUUGAACGUUGAUGGUUGAACCACUUGAGGUCCAACUGCUCCACAAGCUUGGAGACACGGUCCUUCUUCUCAUAACCAAGCGGGGACCUUCUUGUGGAGGUCAACCAUCUCCUCCAGCCUCGAGCAAUGGACAGGGUGCGUCCACACAGGAUGUCCCUCAGCACAACCCGAGGCAAGAUACAAGCCACCACGCCUCCCGAGACUGCCACGUGCCUUCUCAACUCACUCGUUCGCCGAUGUUCCUCCAUCUUUUCCAUCUCCAUCUUUGAUCACUUGCUGCCUUGAUCCGUUGGGCUACCCUUGGGGGGGGGACGGGGACGCUGCUACUCACUUGUCACAAACGGUACCCCCCACCCCAUCUUUGAGCUCCCCCAUCUCUAUUUCUGGACCUCCGUUUUGGGGUGGUGGACAUCCAAAAAGGACCUGUUGUAUAGGGUACGAUGCUUCUGCGUGCUUGGUGCCUACUACAGUUGAGUCCAGAAAAGCAGGCUUAGCAGGACUGAUAGUAGGGCAUGGACCGGUUUUGGGGUGGGGGGUGUCCCUGGGCUGAUCCCCCUUGAGAUCCAAGUGCCUUUUGGGGGGUGGGGAGGGGAGAGAAAGAAUCACCGUGUUCUUCCAACGAGCUGCCAAAACUUUCGAUAAUUUUCGGGACGGUGGGACCAAGCAUUUCAACCGCCCCCCGCCCCUUCCUGGAAUGGGACUCUUACCAUUGCCCACAUCCAUUCUUACUCAAAAGUGCGGCGGUCAGAUUACCUCUCCCAUCUUCCUUCCCUCUAGGGGUAGGCUGUGGCUGAUGGGCACUGUAGUUCCCCAACGCCAGCUUCUUUUAACCCACCGGGAGAAUUCGGCCUGCGUUCCGCGAGAGGAAUUGAGGCGGUUUGAGGGGGGUGGGGGUGGCGUGGCGUGCGUGUGUGCGUGGAAACCUGAUCAAAAUGUUCCCCACAUUGGCAGCCUUGACUGGAUCGGCCUCCCCUUAAUUUUAGGGGAACUUUUGGGUGUUCUUGAGAGGCUUCUGUGUUGCCCAAACUUUCCCUGUCUUCUUUCUGCAAAUACUUUGGGGUAAAAACUCUUUAAUGGCUGGAAGGCUUCGUUUUUUUUUAAACUCCCUUGUGGGCACUGAGAGUUACGAAAGGAGGGAGACCAGUAAAGCUAGUUUAGCUUCUUUUUGCAAUCCCUUCCCUUCCUUUCCUUUCCUUUCCUUUCCUUUCCUUUCCCUUCCCUUCUUCCUUCCCUUCCUUCCUUUCCCUUCUCUUCCCUUCCUUCUUUCCUUUCCUUUCCUUUCCUUUCCGUCCUCCUUUCCCUUCCUCCUUUUCCUUCCCUUCCUCCUUUCUUUCCUUUCCUUUGCUUUCCUUUCCGUCCUCCUUUCCCUUCCUCCUUUCCUUUCCCAUCCCUUCCUUUCUUCCUUUCCUUUCCUUUCCUUUCCGUCCUCCUUUCCCUUCCUCCUUUCCUUUCCCAUCCCUUCUUUUUUUCCUUUCCUUUCCUUCCCUUCUUCCUUUCCUUUCCUUUCCCUUCCCUUCCUCCUUUCCUUUUCUUUCCUUUCCUUUCCCUUCCCUUCUUCCUUUCCUUUCCUUCCCUUCCCUUCUUCCUUUCCCUUCCUCCUUUCCUUUCCCUUCCUUCUUUCCUUUCCUUUCCUUUCCUUUCCUUUCCUUUCCUUCCCUUCCCUUCCCUUCCCUUCCCUUCUCUUCCUCCUUUCCCUUCCUCCUUUCCUUUCCCAUCCCUUCCUUUCUUCCUUUCCUUCCCUUCUUCCUUUCCUUUCCCUUCCCUUCCUCCUUUCCUUUCCUUUCCUUUCCUUCCCUUCUUCCUUUCCCUUCCUCCUUUCCUUUCCUUUCCCUUCCCUGCCUUGCCCUCCCACCCACCCACCCACCCAUCCCCUUCCUUCCUUCCUUCCUUCCUAUUUUCCAUUCUUGCGGGAGAACCUGCUCUGGUGCAUUUCUAUUUUUCCUUAGGACUUCGCUUCAAAUCUAGCGAAUUCUCCUCCCUUCCCCACCCUCCAAAGAAGGAUUGCUAAACUUGGAUGAAAUCCUCUUUUUAUGCAAUGUUAUGCUCACGCUCUCCAAGUUGCAUAAAAGUGGGGAUUAAAUUACCCCUAGAUUCCCCCCCCCACUCCUGCAGCCCCUUGGCCUCCUCUUCUGGGGUGGUUUCAAAUUUCUUUUGCAGGAUUUCAAGAUAGGCAAAACCAGCCUCCCUCGUGUCUAAGCUGCCUAUUGCUGGGCGUACAUUCUCCGAAUAUCUUGCAAAUGGAGCCUGCAAACUUAUUCUGUUUUAAUUCCUCCCUCCCUCCCUCCCUCUGGAAUUUUGCAAGCCGUCGAACUGGAAUGUUGUCUUGCACUGAUGCAAUUCUGGGAUUUUUUUUUUUUCCCCCAGGGUGGAUGGGGUGAUCUUGUGACUUUCUCAAAGCACCAAACAGAUGGCGACUGUUAUUUUAAAUAAUAAUAAUAAUUUUCCUGCUUCCCUAAUAUCCGGGGGUCUCUCUUUCCUCCUUCCUGUCCCCCUUUCCUCCCCAGCCAACGAGCAGGAAGUGUAAACCAUGCUGACUUUAUAAAAGUAAUUUAUGGAAGAAAAUGUGCUUUUAUUUUAACAUUGUUUACAGCUAUUUUUAAACGUCUUUAACUUGUUUCUCUUUCGAGCGUCCUUUGUAAAAACUGACUGAGCGUAAAUUUUGGAAUAUUGGGGGAGAAGGGGAGAAAAAAAAAAAACUGACAAGAGACUCAGAUUCCAAGCGAAUAAAUGCUCCAAAUGAAUAAAUGAAACCUGACAAAUUGGAA